AACUUAUCAACAAAUUAGCUAGCAACUUGUGACGGGUAAAACUCUAGGCUUAAAGAUGAAUAUUUUGCCGAAAAAGAGCUGGCAUGUCCGCAACAAGGACAACAUUGCUCGGGUUCGUCGCGAUGAAGCCAAGGCAGCUGAAGAGGAGAAGGAACGCCAGCGUAGGAUAGCCCUGGCCGACCAAGAGGCUAAAAUCGAUUUCCUUCGCCAGAAAGUCAGAACCGGACAAGUAGAUUCCGGAGAAUCAAGAUCAAUUGAGAUCGAUAGACGCCUGGAACAAAAACAGCACGUUAACUUUUUCGAAGACUUGGAAAGUGGCAAGGACGAUGGUGUAAAGCGUAAAAAUGUCGAACACGAGAAGGAGAAAAAGGAGGAGCAGGAAAAGUACGAGAAACAGAUUGGGUAUUUGACUUAUCUGGGUCAGGAUACGAACGAAGUAUUGGGAAAAAGAGAUUGGUAUGACGUUGCUCCAAAAAGGGACGAUGAACCAGAUAAAGACGGGAAACGGAUCGAAGUAGGGUUAAAAUCGAAAGAGUACAAUGAUCCACUGAAUGUAAUGCGUCGAUAUUUACCAGACAUGCGAACUAAGUCGCUUCCAUCUAUUCCAAAGUCAGAGGAAAAAAGUAAAGAGCAACAAGAUGUUGCGGAAACUUCCUCAAGCAAAUAUGCAUAUCAAUCCUUAACGGGUAAAUCCAAGGAAAGUUCCAAAAGGAAAAGAAGCGCAAGUUAUUCUGAUAAUGAACCAAAACGAAAGAAAAGCAAGAAACAUCAACACAAGAAGCAUAAGAAAGAAAAAAGGAAGCGCAAGAAACGGAAGAAGUCGGCCAGUUCGGAUGCGGAAUCCACGGACGAGGAAGCAAGAAGAGCAAAGAAGCUAAAAUUGAACCUUUUACGGAAGGAAAGGUUGGCUCGAGAGCAGGAGGAAAAAGAACGAACAGAAAAAAUGCUCGCAAAAUUACGAGGCGAUGUUGAUCCGAAACUUCCAAAGCAACCACAAGUGGUUGCUGCACCGAUAGUCAAGCAAAAGUAUAACUCGCAAUUCAAUCCAGAAUUGGCAAAACAAAAUUUUGAAUAAGUUUUAAAGAUAAAUGCUUUCAAAUU